CCUGGCAGCUGCCUUCCUCGGCGGUCUAGUUUCUGCCUCCCUCCUCCGCUCCCCAACAGCUGCCGAAGUGGAGGCUACGUGUCAACACACCUGCCUCCUCCCAACCUGGGCUCCCCCUGCGUCCCACCGCCCUGCAUUCCACCUCCUCCACGCCCACUCAACUUACACCCUGGGGGUGAAGGGAUCCUCAACUGCAAUGAAAAAGAAACCAUGGAGGACCUGAAUUGCCGCCUGGGCAACUAUCUGGAGAAAGUGCGCUGCCUGGAAAAGGAGAACGCCGACCUGGAAUGCAAGAUCCGAGAAUGGUUUGAAUGCGAGAACGCCUACGUGUGCACCGACUUCAAGCAAUUUUACUGCAACAUCGAAGAACUCGAGCAGAAGAUUUGCUGCGUUAAAGCUGACAAUGCAAGAUUGUGUCUGGGUAUUGAUAAUCUUAAAAUGGCUAAUGAUGACUACUGCACUAAGUAUCAGCAUGAAGUGAGUCUGCGCCAGCGAGAUGAGCGUGACAUAAAUGGCCUUCGUAGAGUUCUGGAUGGUUUAACCUUGUGCAAGUCUGACCUCGAAACACAGCUUGAGUCCUUGAGUGAGGAAAUGGCGUGCCUGAAGAAAAACCACGAGGAGGAGUCCUGUGCCCUCCGUUCUCAGCUUGGCAACCACAUCAGUGUGGAAGUGGCUGCUCCACCAUCCUGUAAUCUCAACAAGGUCCUGGAUGAGAUGAGAUGCCAGUAUGAGUCCGAAAUUGAGAAAAAUCGCCAAGAAACUGAAGCAUGGUACAGGGAAAAGAUGGACCAGCUAAACAGGGAGGUGAUCUCCAGCGGAGAGCAGCUGCAAAGCUGCCAGAGUGAGAUUGCUGAGGGAAGGCGUCGUGUUCAAAACCUUGAGAUAGACCUGCAAGCCCAGCAGAGCAUGAAAAAUGCCCUGGAGUGCACCUUGCAAGAAACGGAAGAGCGCUAUUGCACCCAGCUCUCCCAGCUCCAGACCAUGGUCAGCAACACGGAAGCCACGCUGGCCGAAAUCCGCUGUGACAUCGAGCGCCAGAACUGUGAGUACAAGACUCUCCUUGAUGAAAAGGCCCGCCUGGACUGCGAGAUCGCCACAUACCGCAACAUGCUGGAAGGAGAAGACCACAAGUUGCCUGAACGCCCCUGUGACCCUGAGUGUCCAACAGCCAUCCGCUCAUCUGUUUGCCAGCCUGUUUGUGUUCCCGAGCCCACCUGUGCUCCUUCCUGUCCGCCAACCUGCGUCCCAUCUGUGCCUGUGGUUGAGCCCAGCCUGGCUCCAUCCUGUGUCAAUCCCUGUGGGCCAGUUCAUGCCCCGUGUGGCCCCCCACCAUGUGGCCCAUGCGGGCCAGUCUGCCCCCCACCUUGUGGCCCACGAAUCAACACCAGGAUUUGUCCCAUGUAA